UGUCCAGGCAUCGCAACGCUUAGAAGGCAUACGGAACAUCGAGAUCCGCACUUCAUCCGACGCGCUGAUUACGGUGCAUCACGCAGCCGCGUUACGGAGUAAGCGGGUCUCCUGUCCGCAGCAUCUAUCCGUUGAGCGUAUCUGCAGCUACUUAGGCGGAUAAUUACACCAACCGGAAAUACAAUUAGAAAGUCAAUCAAGCUUGAUCCUCUACUUGGUAUCCUUGUGGCAGAAUGAAGCUGUGUUGGAGUUUGGCUCUCGUGGCCGUCGCCUUGUUGAUGAUUCUUACGAAUGCGCGAGCGGAAGCUGAUCUGUGGGAGGAGGAUGACAAGGAGGUGCUUGUGCGGACAGUACGCGGUACUAAGGAACGAACAUCCGGCAGCUCUUCGUCGUGCAGAUACGUAAAGGGUCAAUGGUCGGAAUGCGACUCAAAUACCAACACGCGGUCACGCACUCUGAGCCUUAAGAAGGGCGAUAAGUCCUGCGAACAGACCAAGAUUAUACAGAAGAAGUGUAAGAAAGCAUGUCGAUACGAGAAAGGUACGUGGAACGUAUGCGUGAAUCAGGUAAUGACGAGAGUCGAUAAUUUGAAAGCGAACAGCGAUACAUCCUGCGAGAAGACGCGACGGCUCACCAAGAGGUGUAAACCAGAAACCAACACCAAGAAGUCUGCCAAAGGUGAUCGAUCGAACAAGAAAUCGGGCAAGCAGUAAUUAUCCGCCACACAAUCUCCAAUCAUUUCUUCUAAUCGGGCAACGAAAGCGCACUUUCAUCUCUACGAUCCCCCACUUUCUUUCGAUCCCUUUUCCUAUCGCUAAUUAAUUGCCAGGCAGAGCAAAUUUGGAUCGAUCGUCGAUCGGAAUGUUUAUCAUAUAUACUGCCUAGGAAUCAUCUACAUUUUGGACGCAGACGCGUAACUGUAAAUCGUUUUCAAAGUGCGCUGCCGUCGAUUAAUUACUGUUAAUAAUUACGGGAUAGUACAUACGUUUCGGUGAUCACAUCUGUUCUCGGCAGUAACUCGGUUAUUAACCCUUUCAGGGUUUCCUUGUGCCAUUAAUUAUUAUUAAUUAGUAAUUUAUAUCAGGUGUACGCGUUGCGCAUAAAUUUUAGCUUAAAUGUUUGGACAAUUUCAAUUUCAUAGUAAACAUAUUGGAUUGGUUACACCUAAUAAUAGAUCCGAGUUUGUGUGGAAAAUAUCAUGUUCGUAAGCGUAUGCUUGUCGAAGAGACUCUUCUAUCUAACCCAUUGACAUAAUUUGCAACGAGUUCCCCUGUAGAGGAACUAUUGAUCGCAUAAACGUAUUCUAAAAAUGGACGAUGGCGAGAUCUUGGAGGGUUAAACUGCGCAAUCAACCGAAGAAUCGAUUGAGAACCGAUACGUAACAUGUUCGAGAUGACGAAAGCUGUACAGGGCCGAUCGUCUAAGACAUGUAGUGAUGCAGUUUGUGCAUUGAAUUUUUGCGAAUUUGACACUCGCAUCUCUGUAGUGAUGUGAGAUUUUUUCAUGACUUGAAUUCGGAUAUUUUAAAGAUCUGUAAGGAUUCAGGAGUUAGCUUUCUUAGCGUGUUCUUGCAAAAUCUGCAUCACUGGUUGUUUGAUUAAUAAGCGUAGCAUACAUCGUAGAGCUCCCUGACUAGCAGCAGCCGCCAUUUUGGAGGUUCGCAGAGGAUACGAUCAUCCGCCAAAGUUGUUCUCUCGUCUUCCCGCAGCGAUAUUAUAUUAUUAUUAUUAAUAUUAUUAAUAUUAUUGUUUAUCACAAGAAGCAGCAGCGACCCCCAUUUGGCUUAGCUGCUGAUCCACUUAAAAUCAUGUACAAUAUUUGUCAUAUUAAACAGCUUUCAUUCGAUUGUCACAUAAAUAUACAAUGUUCGGUGUUCAAAGUAACUGUGUCCUGUAUAAUGUAACACGCGCGAGAUAUUCCGACAAUUAUUACGCCGUCGCGAAGGUUCAUCGGUUUAAACGAGGAUGCGCUCGAGCAAGAAAAGCAUCCGUUCUACGUGGCUUAUUCAAAAUGGUCAUGAUGAAUCAAAAAUUAUGAAAUCAAAAUGAACGAACGAUCAAACGAAAUACAUCAAAAUAACAUUUGUCGAGAGAAUUAAAAUAAUAUGCGGAAAUAUAUUAUAUUAUUUAGCACAGAAUGUUCGCGCGAGCCUAAUGAAUUUAUUCGGAAUCCUCCGCGCUCCUCUCGGCAGGACGUUGUCACUUCCGAUGUUAAUAUUCGCAAUUAACGUUAUAAUAAUAUUGUAUCAAGUGAUAACUGGCAAAUAUGUGGAAACUCGCCAAUGAGCAUGAAAAUCAAACUGAAAUAACUCGUCGUCUCGUCAAACAUGCACGCUCGCGCGUGCACGAAAGAGAGUAAAAGAGAAAAAGAGAGAUAGAUCACUGGAUAUCUUUUUGACGUUACAAAAAUCAAAUCCCUCCUCCCUGCAUACACAAGAUUGUAAUUCGUUUUUAAGUCUAGAUGUAUAACCGGAGGGCUCGUCGACAGGAAGUUUAAGCUGUUCGCGCGUUUGAUAUAACACGCGAGUGCGGUCGCGCCGUGCGGAAAUGUCUCGCAAGAAGAAUGCAUAUAGGGGUAGGUGAGAUCCGGGGAGAGAGUGUUUUUCACAUACAAAAAAAAUAUUUUGAAGGUAUCUCUUCCUAAUCUCCAUCUAUAUCUCCGAUACACGCGAUGAAGGCUCGUCGGUCCUUCAGCUCCGAAAGUCGAACGAACGUCGAGAUUAAUGGCGACUUCUUCCACGCGUCGGAUUCCGAGGACCUCCAGGACCUUCAUCUAACAAGAACCCUGUGGACGCCGUACGCGCGGAAUCGCGCGCGCGUCAUCAUCAAGCGCCUAGUUCUAGCUCCCGUAUUACAGCAUAUCAUCAUUACGCGUGAAGCGAAUCUUAUUGAUAAACUAGGAUAGCGUUAUCUCCGUUUUAUGGACUCUUCGCUAAUUACUGUCCUCCCCACUGAUCCUCCAUUCGGUGAAUUCGGCUCGACCGGACACAUUCGUCGUUCCCUCCACCUCGAAUUGUCGAAGCUGUGUUCCGCACUGAGACCAGUCCGUAUCGCAGGGACACACCACGGAAGCGGACUCGUUACGUGCGAAAGCAUUCAAUGUGUGUCUCCUACGAACGUUAUAUCUAUUUUACAAUGCGUGUUAAUUGCACGCGCGAUCUACGGAGAUCACUCGCGCGCUUUUCCUCUCAACAAAGAGAGAUCCUCUAUAAAAGCGCUACACUUUUUAUGAAAUGCGCGAGUUUUUGCAUGCCUCUUAGUUUUCAUAGGAAUCUUACGCUCUUAACAAUCGUGAUGCAGGAUUGCGAAUUCUGAAACAUCCGAAUGCGGGUCAUGCGCAGUUAUCUCGGCAAUGUAAGAUAGAUGUAACGAGUCUUGUGCUUGACUUCUCUGUGUGGAGCUCGCAGAAAGCUCUCCAUGUUUUAAUCGCAUUGUAACAUAGCAUGAUAGAAAGACACAUCAGUAAACUUAGAGACUAAUUUUUCAGAUCCUUCGAUAAAACUACAGGAUGUUUCAUGGAAAAUGCGUACGUCGAUAGCAAAUGUCCGUGUUCCUUUGGAGAAACUUUGAAGCGGAUUUCUCUCCCUGACUGUCCAAGUUUUUCACAAGUCGUGAAUGAAAUUCUGAAUGCAAAUCGGCAAAACCUGCGCUCCGAUAUUGUCAAGAAAGAUUACAGUACAAUUUUCAUUUCCGUCUUUAAUUAAUUCUGCUCUGGAAAAUCCCUCUCGAUAGUUCCUUCCGGGACCAUCUUUUGCUAUCUGCGUGCACUGCAUCUCCUACCUACGGAAUAUAUAUAAAUCAUAGAUAUUCUAGAUAUUAUAAUAAGAGAAUCGUUCAAAACUUUAUUCGUUAGAAUUAAAAUAAUUAGAGACAUA